CGCGGGAGGGGCUCGGGGGGGCUGCGGGGACAGCGCGGGGACAACGGGGACAGCCGGGCCCUCGGGGCACCGGGAUGGGCGCACGGUGCCGCAGGACAGUGGCAAUGGCGUCGGACGAGCGGCUGGCCCGCUUCCGCCAGGCCCACCUGAACCCCUUCAACAAGACCCCUGAGCAGCAGGAGCGCCCUGACGAGGAAUCCCCUGCCCCAGCCCAGCAGCCGGAUCCCACCCCAGGGGACCCCGAGGGCGCCCUGGACCUGGGGCUGGCCGAGGACCACUUCUCCCGCCCCGUGGGGCUGAUCCUGGCGUCGGACGUGCCGCAGCUGCGCCGGGCCAUUGAGGAGUGCAAGCGGGUGAUCCUGGCGCUGCCCGAGCACUCGGAGCGGCAGAAGGACGCCGUGGUUCGGCUCAUCCACCUCCGCCUCAAGCUGCAGGAGCUGAAGGACCCUGCUGAGGAUGAGCCCAACAUCCGGGUGGUCCUGGAGCAUCGUUUCUACAAGGAGAAGAGUAAGAGCGUCAAGCAGAUGUGUGACAAGUGCAGCACCAUCAUCUGGGGGCUCAUCCAGACCUGGUACACCUGCACAGGCUGCUACUACCGGUGCCACAGCAAGUGCCUGCCGCUGGUGAGCCGGCCGUGCGUGCGGGCCCAGGUGAGCCACCAGGCCGAGUACCAGCUCAGCAUCUGCCCCGAGAGCGGACUGGACAGCCAGGACUAUCGCUGUGCCGAGUGCCGGGCCCCCAUCUCCCUCCGGGGGGUGCCCAGCGAGGCCCGGCAGUGCGACUACACCGGCCUCUACUACUGCUCCAGCUGCCACUGGAACGACCUGGCCGUGGUGCCCGCCCGUGCCAUCCACAACUGGGACUUCGAGCCCCGCAAGGUGUCACGGUGCAGCAUGAGGUACCUGGCACUGAUGGUGUCACGGCCGGUGCUGAAGCUGCGGGAGAUCAACCCACUGCUCUUCAACUACGUGGAGGAGCUGGUGGAGAUCCGGAAGCUGCGCCAGGACAUCCUGCUGAUGAAGCCCUACUUCAUCACCUGCAAGGAGGCGAUGGAGGCACGGCUGCUGCUGCAGCUGCAGGACAGGCAGCACUUUGUGGAGAACGACGAGAUGUACUCGCUGCAGGACCUGAUCGACAUCGAGGCCGGGCGCCUCGGCUGCUCCCUCACCGAGAUCCACACGCUCUUUGCCAAGCACAUCAAGCUGGACUGCGAGCGGUGCCAGGCCAAGGGCUUUGUCUGUGAGCUGUGCCGGGAGGGCGACGUGCUCUUCCCCUUCGACAGCCACACCUCGGUCUGCGCCGACUGCUCUGCUGUCUUCCACAGGGACUGCUACUACGACAACUCCACCACCUGUCCUCGGUGUGCCCGGCUGAGCCUGCGGAAGCAAUCCCUGUUCCAGGACUCCGGCACAGAGACAGAGCCCUGAGGGGGGUUUGGCCCCAUUGUGGGGCCUCAGGCCCCUCACCCACCACAGGACCCUGGGAUGGACACAAUCAACCCGGUGGUGGUUUGGGGACUGGGGUGGCCCUGCCUCUGGGAUCCUCUGCUCAUGGAAAUGGCAGCACUGCCGGGAGGGAAUCACUGCUGUACCGCAGCCGUUCCUGGGAGCAUGGAGAGCCUCACUGGAGGGGCCAGGACUGGGUUAACUGGGAUCCGGUUAAGGCCCCACAGCGGCUCCUGCUGUCCCUGCCUGGAGCCGGGGCGCAGGCCAGGGCUGGUGCUGCGCUGUCCUGGGUGACAGCUGUGUCAGGAGGGCUCAGCCCUGGCACCGGGAUGGGACCGAGUCCCUCCCACACACAACACCGGACUCUGCUCCCUCCCCAGCCCACGGCACCACCGUCACCGGGGCCGAGCCCCGGGGGGGAUGUUGCAGGGUCUUCCCCGGGCUGGACCGGGUGCGGUGUGGAGCCUCCCUUUCUCCCCGGUGUUUCCUGUAGCAUUAACGAGCCUCUUUGCGCAACCCA